AAAAAUCACCAACCCUGCUCAUUACACACCCGUCCUACACCCACAGGGUUGGACGCUCCCUUAGCGCCAUUUGCCCAGAGUGUGGGAAUCCCCUCCAAUCUGUCCAGCACCUCUUUGCCUGCCCCACCUUCCCCAUGUCCCUCAGCGUCUCAUCAUUGUGGGACAACCCCAUGGAGGCGUCGAUGUUCCUGGCCCAUCUUCCCCCUCUUCCGGUGCCACCGCUCCGACCACUACCAGAGUCUCCGCCCACACAAGCGUGACGUUUGGCGCAAGAAACAACAACAACACACCCUCUCAUAUUUGGCCAUUGAUAGUUAAAGUGAUAGGUAUAUUCAAUAGGUAAUGAUUUUGGAUGUAUCAUUCUGAUGUCCAGCUGCAACUGAUUAAAUUAUGGCAAAUAUAGUAAAAGCUGCUUUGAGUGUACCGGAAGAACUUCUUGUCUUUGGUUAUUCUUGUAAAUUAUUUAGGGAUGAUGAAAAAGCUCAAUUUAUUGAAAGUGGGAGCCAUCUCAUUCCCUGGAUGGGUGACACUACUAUGAUGAUUGACAGGUAUGAUGUUCGAGGAGCUUUAUAUGAUCUAGGAGCUGCUGCUUCCAGUGGUCCACCAGCUGUACUCACUGAAGUUGAGCUCAAGGAAGAAGAGCUGUGCAAGUAUGAGAGAUACGUGGCUCUGUACUAUGAUCUUGACGUCAUUGCUGAAAAAGAAGAGGAAGAAAGUAAGCGACUGCAAAUGGAGCUAGCUCAUGGCACAUCAAGUUUCAGCCAAGUUGGGUACUCUUAUGAUGGUUUUCCAAUGGCUGUUCCUGACACUGCUGAUGAUUCUUCUCAAACAAGCAAUGUUCCACAACCAGCACUUGAUACAGUGGUGUCAGUACCAUUGCAGAACAAACCUCAUGACAAAUUUACUCCACCUUCUUCUCUGUCACUGCCACCAGGAAUUGUUGUUCCAACAAGCCUGAAACAACACAAGAUCAUAGUGAAGACAGCAGGGUUCAUUGCUAAGCAAGGCUCUCAGAUGGAGAUCAUCCUGAAGACCAAACAAACUGGCAAUGCUCUUUUUGGCUUCAUGUCAUUUGACAACAGCCUCAAUGCCUACUACAAGCAUAUUGUGGGGCUCAUGAAGAGUGGCAGGUAUGUUGAAGAACAGCAAGAUGAAGAUCCAGUGGAAGAUGCGCCUGCUGCCAGUUUUAAUCCAUCAGCAGAUGCAGCGCCCGACGCUGCAACUCCCAGCAGAAAAGUUACCACAUUCUCUGAUUGUUCUUAUUCUAAGCUCAUUAGUAAAAUUAAAGAAAAUCAGGCUAAACAAGCAAACUCACAAGCUAGUGCCGCGGAUGCCAUCUCUCAACAGACAGAAAAGAGUAAAGCAAGUAUACAGAGCGUGGCUCAAGCUCCUCUUGCUGUCCCGUCGUCACCGUGCGUCCAGCCUACUGCUGCUGAUAAAACAGUAGCCCCGAACAAGCCAUUUGCUGGACUCGUUGAUUAUCCUUCAUUUAAUCAGGCAGAUGAAAGUGAUUACAGUUACUCUGAUUCAGAUUCUCAUUCUCCAGUAACUCCUGCACCUCAAAACGGAGAUAUUCAACCUAAAGUCACAAAAAACAAGGACAAGAGUUGUCUUGGUAAACGAAAUAGCUCUUUGAAGAAAGAUGGUGAAGUGAGCAAUGUCAUCGACAGUUACGAUGCUGUCAAAUGGCCUUCUAACAGAGACCAAAUGGUCAUAGAUAAAAUUGCGUGCUAUAUUGUCAAAAACGGAUCUAGGUUUGAACAAACCAUCAAAAGUAGAGGUGAUCCUCGUUUUGAUUUCCUCAAAACUGGUAACGACUACAACAAAUAUUUUGAACUGAAAAAAUCUCUUUUUGCUGAAAUAUUUGGGGAGCAUCUCAGCAAAAGCGCCUCCAAGCGUUCUGAAAGCACCAGGGACAUGAAGACUGUUAUAGCAGCAUCUAAAUCCAUGGCUGGCAGUGACUGUGUCAGCAGUCCUCCCACCAUCAGCUUCAAACUGAAGCAGCGUAAGGACCAGGAAGUUACUCUGCCCCCUACCAGCUUCCCGCUCGAGUCUAGUUCCAGUGAAGAAGAUCUAGAGAAUCUUGAUGCCGAGGAGCAACAGAAGCGCCAAGAACUUCGUCAGGAACGCCGUCGCUGGCGUCAGAUGAAGCGUGAGCAGUUCGAGCAGGAGAAGAAGGAGCGCAAACUCAGGGAGGAAGAGCUGGAAAAGAAACGUGCUGAGGAGGCAAAACGUGCAGCCAUGAAAAAUUAUGAUGAGUAUGAACGGCCGAAAGCCAUGCAAGAAGAUGAGGAGAAUUCAUCGGCUGAUGAGGAAAUGUAUGACAUCUUCAAAUAUGCUCAAGAAAACCGCGGCGCUGACGAGUACGGCGACUCAUGCGACGCGCAGGAGGCAGCCGCUGCCCCUGCCAAGCCCUCAGAGAAGCGGCGUAAGCGCAAGGCGGCCGCGCAUGCCUUCAUAUCCAAGCUCAAGGUGGACCCCGCCAACCCUCCUGCCCCUCCAAUGAUCGGUCCCCAACUGCCUCCUGAGAUUGCUGCACUCAUGAUGGCCGCCACCACUUCUCCCCCUCCUCCCCCAUCACCACUCCCCUCGUCUCCUACCUUGUCCCCUCGUCCUGCUUCGUCGUGCCCCCCGUCCUCCCCCCCAUCGCCCCGCACUCCACAGCCCCUCAGUAAGGACCACUCACCCUCCAUGGAUCGCUCGAGGUCUCCAGCAGCCGUCGUCUCAGAGCCCGCUGAAGAUGGUCUGAUCUCAACGGCACAUGAUGACACCGUCUCGCAAGCAGCGCCGCUCUGCACGUCAGGCGAUGCUCCGGCGUCACCGUCUUUGCCGUGCCAGCCUGCCAAGAAGCCGCCGGGUCUGCUAGCUGCGGCGGUGUCGUCACUCCUGAUCAACGAUGAAACCGCGACUCGUGGUGGGAUUGCUUCAAGCCCCUUCGCAUCCUCCCUCAGUCGUGGCAGCAGCUCGCGUUCAUCUAGAGUCAAGAAACGCAAGAGCAGCAAACACCGCGAACGCUCCCUCUCCGCCAGCUCUGAACGUUCCCCUUCAACAAGCUCUAAGAAACGUAAGCGCAAGCACCAUCGUCACGAGCGAUCUUCACAUCACAAGAAACGUCGUCAUCACUCCGAUCAUUCUUCCAGCCGGAAACCAGCGCACUCCUCGUCUAAAAAAAAGAGCAAAAGCAAGAAGAAGAAGUCCAAAUCAAGCAAGAGAAGCAAGAACAAGAAAGCUUCUCGUAGUCAUCGUAACGCUUCAGUCUCCUCUUCUUCUUCAGACGAUGAAUUUUCGUCGUAUAGUCGGUCAUCUAGUGGGCCUGAAUCUUCUGGGUCGUACAAGUACAGAGACAGGCGAAGUGAAGACAAAGACGCACAGAGUGGAGACGAUAUCCAAGUGAUAGAGAGUGACAGCAGCAGCUCCAGCGUGAUGAGUGUCCCGAGGACCUUGGCUCCGCUACCCACAGCUGCUGUUACCACCGCCUCUUCUAGAGCUUCCAGUUCGUCCAGAGAAGCAUUUCUUGUUUCUGAGACGAGACCUCCUGAGGCCGCUUCCAGCACUCCAGCGACGAGCCCUCCUCCUGCCCCCAAACUGCCUCUGCCUACGACUUUUGAUUUGAAGAGCAGCUCCGCCGUUGCCAGAAUUACACAGGGCUUACGCGCCAAAGUUCACGCUCUCAUGGAGAAACCGAGAGCCAACGACUGAAUUUUUACUGUUGACGCAAAGCGCUUCCGUCCUCAGCAAUACAACUCUCUCUGAAUGAAGCGGGCUUUGUUAUACGUCGUUUUUAGGAAAUCGCAAGACAACCCGCGCUAUCAAUUGUAUUUUUAAAGAUGUUAAUGUUAAGCAUUACUCAA